AUGGCCACAACCAACAAGCUCUACCAUACCCUUGGACAAAACGGUCCAAAAUUACCUGAAUUGGAUAUGGGGCAAUGGUGUGUCUUCCAUUACCGGAAAUUCGACCAAGCUGAGUAUGCACAGACUAUCGAGGGAGGAUAUGGGGGUGGAAACACCGAGGAAGCAGCACUUGAGAUCCUUAGAACGGCAGCCGAGGAAUGCACGCUGAUCGAUACGUCAAACGUCUAUGGUGACCCACGGGCCCCAGGACGUAAUGAAAGCCUAAUCGGAAAGUUGCUCCAGGACCGCGAAUAUCGUUCAAAAGUCUUCAUCUGCACCAAGUUUGGACUCGUAAUGGGGAUAAAAGAUGGCUCUUUGGUCAUAGAUGCCAGAGGCGACCCCGAAUACGUUCGCCAAUGCUGCGAGGAAUCCUUGAAGCGGCUCCAGGUUGAUCAGAUCGACCUUUAUUAUCAACACAGGGUCGACCGCUCGAGGCCCAUUGAAGAGACCUGGGGCGAACUCAAGAAAUUGCAAGAGGAAGGCAAAGUCAAAUAUCUCGGCAUCUCCGAGGCUACGCCCGAUGAGAUUCGUCGCGCUCACGCCAUUGCACCGAUUACUGCUUUGCAAAUCGAGUUCUCGCCAUUCACGCCAGAUAUUCGGGAAAACGGUAUUCUGGAUACGUGUCGUGAGCUCGGUAUUGCCAUUGUGGCAUAUAGCCCACUUGGGCGAGGAAUGAUCUCUGGCGAAUAUACGUCUCCAGAUCAGUUCGAAGCCAGUGAUUAUCGUCGUUUCAUGCCUCGCUUCCAAGGCGAGGCAUUCACCGAGAAUCUGAAGCUUGUAGAAGCUAUCAAGAAUAUUGCGAGCAAAAAGGGCGUUUCACCGACCCAGUUGACGCUCGCGUGGGUUCUUGCACAGGGAGAAGAUUUCUUUGUUAUUCCUGGAACGCGAAGUCUCUCCAAACUGAAGGACAAUAUCGCCGCCGGAUCUAUCACCAUCAGCGAGGAAGAGAAGGAGGAAAUUGAGAGUGUCAUUGCCCGGAUCAAGGUCAUUGGUGACAGGUGA